CUCUAUUUCUAGAGAUCUCCGUAGGUCCGGGUGACAGCAAGAUGCGGUCAUAAUUCGGGUCGCGAAGGUAUAUAAGUUCUUAGAAGCAUGUCAAGCAAAGUGCAGCCAAGAUACUUGGCAUCAGCUUGUUUCAUUUAAGCUUUGAGCACAGUACCCACAAUGGCCGGAGCAAUUCAGGGAGAGUUCGAUUUUAUCGUUGUUGGAGGUGGCACGGCUGGAAACGCAGUUGCAGGUCGUCUUGCAGAGAACCCAAAGGUUUCGGUCUUGGUUGUGGAAGCAGGAGUGGGAAAUCCGCAAGAUGUGCCCGAGAUCUUCACUCCCGCUCGAGCUUUUGAGCUGCGCGGCAGCCACCACGACUGGCAAUACGAGACCACGUUUGUCGAUCGUCCCGAUUUUAAGCGCGUGGAUAAGCCCAACACCAGAGGUAAGGUGUUAGGAGGCAGUAGCUGCCUUAACUACUACACCUGGGUUAGAGGUAGCAAGGCCACAUUUGACGAUUGGGAGGAGUAUGGCGGAAAGAAUUGGAACUGGGAAAACACUAAACACUACUUUGACAAGCCUGCCACAUACCACGAUGAUGGCAAUCUGUUCGCUACUUCACUGAAGCAUAUUGGAACAACCGGCCCGAUCCAUGUCGAGCACGCCGACCUCGUGCCUGAGCUUCAACCCUUCCGCGACGCAAUGAAGCAGGCAUGGGAAAGCAAGGGCCACUACUUAACAGACGACAUUUACAAUGGUCAAAUGCACGGACUCGUUAACUGCGUCAACUCAAUCCACAAGGGCGUCCGCUCGACCAGCGCUGCUUACUUGACCGGAAAGCCAAAUAUCACCUUGAUGCAUUCUUCGCACACGAAGCAGUUGACCUUGGAUGGCAAAAUUGUCACUGGAGUUACAGUCCUUGGACCAGACGGCCAAGACUAUGAGUUCAAGGCCAGGAAGGAGGUCAUUGUGUCGCAAGGCGUGUUUGAAACGCCGAAGCUACUGAUGCUUUCCGGAAUUGGCCGUGCAGCAGACCUGGAAGCCCACGGAAUCAGGACGGUAGUGGACUCGCCGCAUGUUGGACAGAACCUGCUCGACCACCCGAUCAUGCCACAUGUUUUCAAGCUUAAAGAUGGCUACGGGCUUGACAGCUAUGUCGUGCAUCAGGGAUCCAAACAUGAGGAAGCUGCAAACAAGUACAUGAAAGAUACGACAGGGCCAUUCAAGAGCGGACUGCUGGAGUUGGUUGGAUUUCCCCGUAUUGAUCACUUGCUCGCGAAGAACAAAGACUACGUCGCGGCGAAGGAGCGCAAUGGUGGUCUGGAUCCGUUUGGUCCUGGUGGCCAACCUCACUUUGAGAUUGAUUUUGUUCCUGUAUUCGCGAGCGCCUUCCAGUGGCACACACCCAUGCCGUCUGAAGGGGACUACUUGACUGUCAUUGUGGAUCUUUUGCGUCCCAUGUCCCGGAACGGAGAGGUGAAGCUCAAGUCCUCCAACGCACUUGAGCAGCCUUCAAUCAACCUCAAGUAUUUUGAAAAUGAGCUGGACAUUGUGGCGCUGCGGGAAGGCGUCCGGUUCAUCGACGACGUGCUUAUGAAUGGCGAGGGAAUGAAAGAAAUCAUCGACGGCGAAUACCCUAAGCCUCUGCCGCGCGACUCAGACGAGGAGAUGAGGAAAGAGAUCCUGGAGAAGCACCAGACUGGCUUCCACCCUUGCGGAACUUGUCGUUUGGGCACGAAUAAGGAUCAAGGCGUCGUGGACAGCGAGCUGAAAGUAUACGGCGUGGAUAGACUUCGGGUUAUCGACGCUUCAGUGUUCCCAAUUAUCCCCGACUGUCGAAUCCAAAACGCCGUUUACAUGGUAGCAGAAAAGGGAGCCGAUAUAAUCAAAGCGGCCUACCCAGAUUUAUACACUUGAAACUCCUAAAAUAGUUAAUUUUUUCUAUCUUUUCCUUCCCUUUCUAUCCGAUAUCUUUAAGGUGUUCACUUCCCUAUAGUCACCACUAAAUAUAC